AAAUUUUCCUAAAAUACUUACAGUUUACAUAAUGUGGGGGAAAAAUUAGCAAAACUUGGAAAAAUGGCGGGAAACCCCGUAUACUAGCAAGCAACGCAACUACGCAAGUAGUGCCAAGUACGCAACAUACUCCAUUUUCCCCAAUUUUUAGGGUUUAUGAACUAUGUGAUAAUUAACAUCAGUUUUCUCCCCCCCAAAUCACAAAUUAAUCCGUAGUAAAAAUGCCGAUUUACAACAUCAGAGGAAUCAAUGUGGAUUUUCCUUACGACGCCUAUGAUUCCCAGGUCGAUUACAUGGAUAAAGUCAUUCAAGCACUUCAAGAAAAAAACAAUGCAUUGUUGGAAAGUCCUACAGGAACUGGGAAAACUUUGUGUCUUUUAUGUGCUACAUUGGCUUAUAGGGCAAGUUUGGGUCCUUUUUCCACCGGUCAACGUGCCAAGGAAAACGGGUCCUCAGACGUGUCAUCGUCGCAGUCUGCUGGCUCAAUGCUGCCAAAGAUUGUAUAUACUUCACGGACUCAUAGUCAGCUCCGGCAGGUGGUUCAGGAAUUGAAGAAAACCAAUUACAGGCCUAAGAUGAUAGUUUUAGGAUCUCGUGAGCAACUUUGUAUUCAUGAUAAAGUCAAGUUACUUCAAGGGAAAGCUCAAACCAAUGCUUGCUCUUAUGUUCGAAAAAGACGGAGCAAGCACUACUGUAAGCAUCACAAGCUCACAACAGAUUUUGUCAAAAGCAAUCCUCAGAUUGGAGAUGAACCUAUUGACAUUGAGGAUCUGGUCAACAUUGGAAGAAGCUGUGGACCGUGCCCAUACUAUGUGUCACGAGAGCUGAUCAAAUGUGUUGACAUAUUGUUCGCACCCUACAACUAUCUCAUUGAUCGUGCAUAUAAAGAUUCACUUGGAAUAGAGUGGAACAGCAGCAUACUUAUAUUUGAUGAAGCUCAUAAUUUGGAAAGCAUUUGCGCAGAUGCAGCCUCUUUUGACUUGCCUUCUACACUGUUGUCUGCCUGUAUUUCUGAAGCAAAAAACUGCAUUGACAUCUCUAUUCGAAGAAGAGACGUAGAAAAGUCAAGUGACAAUAACUCUAACCCAGAUAAUUUUGCUAUCCUUAGAGCCCUUUUAUUGAAGCUUGAAAAGAGAAUUGCUGAAGUGCCAAUUGAGUCCAAAGAACUUGGCUUUACUAGACCUGGUCCUUAUAUGUAUGAACUACUUGCUGAUUUGAAUGUCACGAGUAAGACUGCCAACAUGCUCACAGGAAUUAUUGAGGAAGCUGUUCUUCUUCUUGAAGAAGAUGCCAACGGAAUGGAAAGUAAAGAUUCGCAUGGAACCACCUGCAGGUUGCAGACCAUGAGUGAUAUUCUAAAGACGAUUUUUAGAGAUGGAAAUACUUCUCAUGCGAAGUAUUAUCGUGUACAUGUUCAAGAGCGUUUGACAAGUGAUUCUAAUGCUUUUAGAGGUAAUAUGCCUAGUGGUAGGACGCUCAGUUGGUGGUGCUUCAAUCCCGGAAUUAGCAUGGAAGAUUUCUCCAGAAGAGGUGUUGGUUCUGUUAUUUUAACAUCGGGAACAUUAUCUCCCUUGGAUUCAUUUGCAUAUGAAUUGAAACUGGAUUUCCCUAUACGAUUAGAGAACCCGCACGUUAUAUCAUCAAGUCAGAUCUGGGCUGGAGCUGUACCAGUGGGUCCAUCUGGUUUUUCUUUCAACUCAUCUUACCGAAAUCGCGAUGUUCUAGAAUACAAGCAGGAAUUGGGGAAUGCCAUUGUCAAUUUUGCUCGGAUAGUGCCUGAUGGGCUGCUUGUUUUCUUCCCAUCAUACUAUGUCAUGGAACAAUGUAUCAGUUGCUGGAAGGACAAUUCUCGUGGCAAUGUGGCCUCUCAAAGUACAAUAUGGGAAAGAAUAUGCAAAUUUAAACAACCUGUGAUUGAACCAAGGCAGUCUUCAUUAUUUGGUUCAUCGAUUGAGGACUUCACAUCAAAGUUGAAUGAUCCAUCUACAUCUGGAGCAGUAUUUUUUGCUGUUUGUCGUGGAAAGGUCAGUGAAGGAUUGGAUUUUGCUGACCAAUUUGGAAGGGCUGUGAUCGUUACUGGAUUGCCAUUUGCCACAAGGACAGAUCCGAAGAUCCGCCUCAAACGAGAAUUUUUAGAUGAACAUGCACGGGACCAGAAUACAGGUCAUAAGCCUCUAACAGGAGAGGAAUGGUAUGAUCAACAAGCUUCUCGGGCGGUAAAUCAGGCUGUUGGACGUGUAAUCCGACAUCGGCAUGAUUAUGGAGCAAUAAUAUUCUGUGAUGAAAGGUUUGCAUCCUCACAUCGUCAGUCCCAGGUUUCACGUUGGAUACAACCUCAUAUCAAGUGUUAUUCCAAGUUUGGGGAUGUUGUCUAUACCUUAACCCGUUUCUUUCGUGCUGGAGUUGAUCGUCCUGUGAAGAUUGAACCAGUAGAAUCUCUUUGUAAUGGGAAGGCCUAUGGGGAAAAGUUCUCUCAAUCUCGCGACAGUUGCUGUUCAGAAAUGAAAUUCAAUACUGUGGCUGUUGAUAAAGACUGCUGUAUAAUGUCAUCAUCUUCCAGAAACAGUGCUGGAAAGGGCGGAAGUGAUAGUCAGUUAUGUGAAAUCCUUCCUGCUAAUAGAUCAUCCCUUGCACAUCAAAAGCAAAUGCAGGCUGUUUCAAUGAAGCAAUCAAGUUUUUUAUUAGGGAAUGGUAGCAAGCUGCGUCUGUCUGGAACUACUUAUAGACAUAAGACCUCUGAAAUAGUCGACUUGACGAGUAAUGAUUCAUCUAAUCUAAAUUCAGAUGCCGAGCUAAUUGUAAGCUGCUCUUCCAAAAGACAGAGAGUUCCUGAAAUAAAGCCUGCUAAUACACAGUAUAAAGCAGUUCCCUGUGACAUGACCUCAGGUAUCACAAAAGUGAAAUCGGAAGGCACUCCUUUAAAAAGUGGCUAUAUUGAAGAAAAUAGAUUUCAGAGUAGUUUGAAUAAGAAAAUGAAAAAAACGAUUGCUAGUUUUUCAGUAGAGGCUGUCGGUAAUAUAACUGCUCAGGAAUCAGGUUCCAGCCAGGCAAACCAGGGUACUCUCUCUUUAUCUUGUCAGGAUGAGGAGGCUAAAGGAUAUAACUUUUUAACUCAGGUGCAGCAGAAACUGAGUGAGUCAGAGUAUAGAGAAUUUGUUGGCUAUAUGAAGGCGCUGAAGUCAAAGGCUAUGAAAAUAGGUCUUGUUUUGCAAUCCAUUGCAAAACUUUUUUCUGGGCAAGAGAGGCUUCCUCUUCUUAGAAGAUUCAAGCAGUAUAUCCCAGAGAAGUACCAUUCUUUAUAUGAGGAAUAUUGUAAAUCAGCUGGUCUUUAGUAUAAGAGAUCCCUCUUCGCUGACUGCAUAUGGGCCAUUUUGGACUUGUCAUCAUCUGAUAUUCAUCGUUAUUCUGGAAGGAGGAAUUGUUCCACUUCUGGAAGACGUUGCGUUAUGUCACCAAACCGCGAUUUUUCAUAUAUAAAUGUAACUAAUGUAUCCCCUUCAUAAAUUAUUUCCCCUUUUGACCGGUGUUAAGCAAGUAUAUUUCUCUGAAGCUAUGCUCUAACCAUACACAUCAUCUGGAGUUGGACAGUCCUCUAUCAGUCCGAAUCCGAUAAGAUCUGAGUCCAAUAAGAAUCUUAUACCAGCUAACUUAGUUGGAAAAUGCUGCAGCUUCUAAGCCUCCUUCAAAGUGUGAAAGAUGCCUCUAGCAUUAUCUUGUUCCGCGAGAUCACAAUUAAAGGAAGAAGAGAGUUCAGACUUCUGUGUAGGAAGUUGCACAUCCUCGUCUCAGGACUCGGGAAAAUUCUGAGCUAUUAAUCUUUUGCUGCUGUGGAGAAGUUGAGCUUCACAGCUAUAAUUGAUAUUUAUUGUUGGACUAGAAAUUGGUAUCUGGUACAUCCUGAUACGAGUUUGAGUCAAGUUUUCAGGCUCCAUUUUGCGUGAUAAAGUUAGGUUGCCAAUCUUGAGGUCGCUGUAGAUUCUCAGGAGAAACUGGAGCAAGUGGAUUCAUUGUGAAUCUUUAUAUUUUCCAUGCUAUAAGCUAGAUGAAAAUGUAUAGUAUUUAGUAUUUACACCUGUUUUGAACUAAUGGAAGAGUUUCUAAAUUUUCUGGUA